UUGUUGCCACUCCUUAAUCUUUACUCAGAUCAUGGAUGGACAUGGCUGCUGCUUUUGCUGGGAAUUUGCUACUUGUUACCCUGUUCUCGUUCUACUGUAACUGCUUGCAACUGCCUUCUCUACACAUUCUAUACUGACAUCAUGGUUCCAAUCAUGGUGAAACAUACAAGUUUGUUUUGGCCUGAUCAACCCGAAUUUGUGAGGAUGGCAGCAAGGUUUGGGGCUACAAUUGUACCAUUUGCAACUAUUGGAGAGGAUGACAUUGCAGAACUAGUUGUUGAUUAUGAUGACUUGAUGAGAAUCCCCGUGGUGAAUGAUUACCUUAGGGAAUUUAAUCAAGACGGUGUAAGGUUGAGGACUGAAAUGGAGGGGGAGAUUGCCAAACAAGAUUUCUAUUUCCCCGGGCUUUUGCCCAAGAUACCUGGCCGCUUUUACUAUCUAUUUCGGAAACCGAUACAAACAAAGGGAAAGGAAGCGAUGCUAAAAGACACAGAAAAUGCAAAAGAAUUGUAUUUGCAAAUAAAAUCAGAAGUUGAGCGGAAUAUUGCGUUUUUGAUUAAGAAGCAAGAGGAGGAUCCUUACAGGGGCAUUAUUGAAAGAAGCAUAUAUCAGGCAACUUCCGGGCCUAUACAAAACAUCCCAACAUUUGAACCAUGAAAUACUGGUUAAAGUUAAAUCAUUUACACAUUGUUUUAUGCCUAACAAUGGCAAACAUUUUUUUUUUCCCUUCUUGCUUUUUCAUAAGGGUAAUAUAGGUAUGAUAGGUUUGUUCUUCAUUGUAAUUCAAGG